UAACAGGUUUCCUGGACACGGCAAAGACAAGCCAGUAGCAUGUCCCCAACAAAUGCAAUGAAAGAAAGCAAAUCAAUGUCGCAUUUUCUUAGUUGUUCUGGAUGCUACUAGACAUUUCUCAUUUCUCAAACUCAGACCUUGCUUCGCUGUUGGAAAACCAGAUAAAACCUUGCUUGGCGAAAGGCAAAAGACACAAGGCACAAGAAUGUUCGGAGUGGUAUUCCCCAACCGAAGCUUCCCAAUGGAUAUCUCUAGCUUCACCCAAAUUGAUACCUUCCAUUGGGUGCUCGACAUGAACACUUUCGUUGGCGAAUCCUACCAUCAAAUUGGUGAUAUGUGCAUCUUCCUCUUGAACAACUUCACUUUGCCCCCAGAUAAGGCUUUGGCUGUCUACGUCCAGUCCCCUGGUUCUCCAUUUGUUUUCUGCGGCGCCGUCACUCUUCAACGCCCCUCCGCCGUGCUUUCCCUGAUUUGGCCUGAGCCUGGAGGGCAGAUGCAGUUGACUGCUCCUGAUUCCGCCGCGCCUUCCGCCAAGAUUGGUGUGUCGGUGGAGGAUCUGGUUGCGUUGCCGUCCUUAGAUGUGGCUGCUGAGAAGAAGAUCGAACGCAUGGCGUUGAAAGUUGGGGAAAACUUGUUCAACUUUAUGCAGUCGUUCUGUGGGGUUGAUGGGUCUAAGUUGGUAGUCCCUAUGGACAUUUUGGAUAGAUGGUUUAAGAAAUUUCAGGAGAAAGCCAAGCGUGAUUCUGAUUUCUUGAAGGGUUUUGCCGUGUAAUUGUUUUAUCUUUCUUCCUCAAGGUAGCUUUUUUAAUCAAGUAAA